AUGUCGAACUCUUUAGGCAUCGAGGCUGCAGAGGCCACAGACUCCAUGGCUGCACAGGAUAAUGCCAAUUUCAGCCUUCCACGUCCCAUUCCACGACCAACGAGGCCCUAUCCCAAGCGCGUGUCGUACCUAGCGUCGCAACGAGAAUCACAGGUAGGCGACAAGCGUGACUCGCAGAUCAGUAACAAUCGGGACUCUCAGAUAGGUUUGAGCAAGAUGCAUUCCGAAGUCAGCAACAAGAGAGCUUCACGAAUGAGUUUGAGUCGAUUGAACUCUGCUGUCAGCAGCAAAAGGGCUAGUUCGCGGAUGAACUUUGAGGAGCGCAAUUCACAGCUCGACCUCAUCGACGUCGAUUCCGGCAGGACAUAUCGUGAGCUCUUCUACGCUUUGGAACAUCUACCAUCUGGUCCCUCAAUCAAUUUCAAUCUCCCGCGGGAUGCUGCUGACUACCUCGCCAACAUUUCGGAAAAGGAUCUACUGAAUCAAGAUGCUCAGGCGAAGCUCGAAGGUCGGGAACAGCGACAGCUCUCUGUCAUUGACGAUUCCUCCUCCGAAGAGGUGGAGAAAGCGGAGCCACCCCCUCCUAAUCCAUGGAUGGAUCCAAAGUCUUUCCCAGACGGUGGGACACAAGCAUGGCUUACGGUUGCUGGGUCAGCGGCUUGCCUCUUUGUAUCAUUUGGCUGGAUCAACGCUAUUGGGAUCUUUCAAGAAUACUACCAAAGCCAUCAACUUAAGCAAUACACUCCAUCUGUAGUAGCAUGGAUCCCAGCCUUGCAGAGGGGCAUGUUCAUCCCUUUCACGUUCAUCGUCGUCGAGGCGCUUGCCCACGGCAUGUCUAAUCGUAUGGCCAAUUAUCUCGUCCCGAUCCUCAACGGUGCCAGUAUCAUCGGCCGCACAGUACCCAAUGCUCUCGCCGAUAAGGUAGGUCGCUUCAACGUCAUGAUCGUAAUGAGCUCAUUCACAACGAUCCUCAUCCUUGCCCUUUGGCUCCCGGCAACAAGCAACGUUCCCAUUAUCCUGUUCGCAGCACUCUUCGGUAUCGGUUCUGGUGCAGGCGUUGGCUUGACACCCGCCCUUUGCGCGCAGGUCUCACCAAUUCAAGAGAUUGGUGUCCGAACGGGAACUGCUUUCACCAUCUCUGCUUUCGCCGCUUUGACUGGCUCGCCCAUCGGAGGUCAAAUUAUUGGCUCGACAGGGAAAGACUAUCAAGCUGGUUUCCGCUACGCCAUUGCAUUCGGUGGUGCUAGUUGCGCUAUUGGCACAUGCUUGUUCAUUGUCACGAGACUAGCUCUCGCUGGGACAAAGAUCACCAAAAUCUAA